CACAGCACAGCGCACUCAGCAGAGUAUUGAAUGGAUGGACAAGUGCCCUUUUGCUAGUUAUGGAUAUGAAGCAUUAGUUUCCCCUCUAUAAUCAAGUCAGUUUUCUUAAAUGCUCGGCUUCCUAGUCAGCGAGAGGGGAGGAUGAAGAGCCUGCUGCUGCUCAGUCAAGAGUUCCCAGCAAGGGCACCCGCCGCCCUCCUCCAACGGUGACAGUGACGCCCCAGCUUGACGAGUGGUGGAAAGAGAGGGGAGAGAGAGGAAGAGGGAGAGGAAGAAGAGGAGAUGAGUGCUGCCUCCACAUCAGGCUAUCCCGCGCACUGCAUUUCAAGUCCUUCGGCGCACCACCACCUCCACCAGUAGCAGCCGACUCUCCGACUCCAGUCCUGUCCAGCGCUGCGCAAUAAGCAUCUCUACCUACCUAACCACGAUGGCAAUCACGGGCGUUUCAUUAUUGUAAUUGAAUUAAUGGCUUCGUCCGCGAAAUUGCAAUUGACUGUGUCGGGUCUGAAACGCUGCUGCAGCUAUGGGGAUGAUGAGGGCGAUAGCGAGAGCCACCGUGGAUGUCAGGGCAGCCACAGCACCAUAGGAUAGGGGCAUACCCCCGGGUAUAAGGCGAAGCGUAAAAGGGCGUCUUCGGAAGAGAGAGGAAAAGGGGAGAGAGAGGGUGGGAGGAAGGGGGAAAGUAAGUAAGAACGAAAUAAACAAAGACAGAGAGGAAGGCAAGAUCCGUCUUAAAUGAAAAUAAGCCAUGGGUAUUCAGCACUUUCUGCUUCUGCUAAUUUAUUUGGACCCACUGAACGUGUUCUGCGCGGUCCCCAAAAAAGCGAAGCCUCCCCAGAAGCGAAACAAGCCGAAGGAGGUGAACGCCACCACCGCAGCCCCACCGACCCCAACCAGCCAGCGCAUCCAGCAGGCGCCCUUACCACCAGCAGCCAGCCCCUUCGACACUUGCUGGGGCUACUACGACGUGAGCGGUGCCUACGACAAGGAGUUCGCCUGCAACCACACGGACCACCACUACUGCUGCGGAUCAUGCUACUUGCGAUUCUGCUGCCAGUUCAAAAACAGGCGGCUGGAGCAGAAAUCAUGCAAGAAUUACCAAAAACCCCACUGGGAACAGACCUCCCCGUCGGCGCCCUUGCCCACAGAGGACGCCUACGACCCGAGCAUGGACCAAACGAACACGGCGGUCUACAUCACCUGCGGUGUGAUCGCGUUUAUCAUAGUUCUGGGGGUCUCCACGAAAGUUGCUUAUGACAAAGCCAACCAGCCGCCGCAGGAGAUGAACAUUCACAGAGCGCUGGCGGACAUCUUGCGACAGCAGGGCCCCAUCCCCAUAUCGCAGUACGACUGCGAGAACUUCGCAGCCAUGAACAUGAACAGCUCUCCCAAAGACAACACGCCGGCACGAACGGGCUCCAAGAACCACUACACGCCCGUGCACGCCUCCAAGUCCAACCACAGUGGCCACUACCCCAAGGAGAGCAGUCGUAGUGGAGGUCAUGACCUUCAUAACUUCAUCUCCUCUGGCUUCGUGACCUUGGGCCGCGGCCAUGUCAAAGGGGAGAAACACUGGCCUACGCGCUCCCAGAGUCACCAUGAGAGCUCCCGGAUGAACAUCCUGACGUCCCAGACCGAGCCGUAUGACUUGUCCUUCUCGCGCUCCUUCCAGAGCCUCUCCCACCUGCCGCCCUCCUACGAGUCAGCCAUGAAGGCCGACCUCAACCGCUUCUCCUCCCUCAAGAAGCUCUCAGCUGACAGGGAUGUGGACGAGUACUACAGCCGCAAGCGUCACCUCCCGGACCUGGCCAUUCGCGGCACCCUGCCGCUGCAUGUGCUCCGCAACCAGGAGUACCAGGGAAGUCAGCCAGCACUCAGCCAGCAGCAGCAGCAUCCGCAGCAUCAGGUUGCCCAGCAACAGCAGCAUCAGCAGCAGCAGCCGGUGGGAGGAGGAGGAGGAGCAUCGGGAGGAGGAGGAUCUUCCCAGCGGCAGAAGCCUCGCCGAGUGCAGCGCGCCAUGUCUCAGGACCGCGUGCUGUCCCCCGAGCGCCAACGCCACCAAGAAUACGCCAAUGCCACCGCUGGCAUGGUAACAACCUCCGCCUCAUCGCACGGAAUGUCUCCGUACAGCGCCCGCAUCCUCAGUGAGGAGCAGCUUCUGUCCGCCGAGCGUCUGCGAUCGCAUGAGCGUCUGCUGUCUCAGGAGCGCCUCUACUCCCACGAGCGCCACCACUACUCGCACGAGAGGCUGCACUCCAAUGACCGGCUCUACUCGCACGAGCGGCUCUACUCGCAGGACCGGCUGCACUCCCAGGACCCCCUGCUCUCGCCCGACCGCAUGAUGUCGUCGGGAGGAGGCGGCGGCGGCAUGAAGCGCUCGUCAGGGUACCGCAGCGGAGGAGGAGUCAUGGGCGUCGACUUCAGAGGCGGCGCCGGCAGCAUUUUCUCCGACAAGUCCAUGUCGCGGGCCAUCUCGCACACGGACGUCUUCGUGCCCACCACGCCGCUCAUGGACCGCUACAAGAUGACGAAGAUGCACUCGCAUCCCAGUGCCUCCAACAACGUCGCCGCAGCCGGAGCCGGCGCAGCCUCGGGCCAGCAGCAGCAGCAGCAGCUAGCGGGGCAACAGUUGCCACAGCAACACAACACGCUCACCAUGAACCAGACGUCGUCAAAGCGGCAGGCCUUCGCCUCGCGACGCACGCAGACGGUGGAGCAGUUCCAGUUUAUCCCCAGCCAGCAGCAGCAACAGCAGCAGCAGCAGCAGCAGCAACAGCACCACCACUACCGCACGGGGAGCAAGACCGAAGUCACUGUUUAA